UUAUGGGCAACAUCACCAUAAAAUUCAUUUCAUCGGCACAUGUCAAAAUCACAACAUGUCGUUAUCACAGUCCUGCUUUAGAACUCUCUCAAAAUUCCCAUUAAAAGGAUCACCUUCGUCACUCAUUGCGCUAAGCUUUCGAUCCAUUCAAAAUUACUUAGAUCAGGGGGGAAAACGGAACUACGCGAACGAUACCUGCCAGCCCCCGGUAGCGAAAUGCAAAGUAGCUAUUGUUACUGGAGGUGCCGGCGGUAUUGGUUUGGCAAUCGUCAAACAUCUUGUCAAAAAUGGGGCCCAGGCGGUCGUCAUGGCGGACGUUAAUGAAGAAAUGGCCACGUGCAAUAUGGAGGCCAUCAACAAAGAAGCUGGUUGCGAAAAGGUUCUCUUUCAGAAAUGCGACGCAUCCAAGAGAAGCGACUUAGAACAGGUAUUCGAAUGCACUAAGGACAAAUUCCAUAAAAUUGACAUAGUUGUCAAUAAUGCCGGAAUUCUGGCAGACUCCAUUUGGGACAAGACGAUUUGUAUUAACGCCUAUGGUCUUGUAAUGGGAACUCUCUUAGGCUUCGAGUACAUGGGCAUGCACAACUGCAGCGGCAAUGGGGGCACAGUUAUCAACGUCGCUUCCAUCCUAGGUUUCUCCCCAUGCCACGGCAGUCCUGUUUACACGGCGACCAAACAUUUCGUAGUAGGUUUCACUAGGUCAAUUGGGGACAAAUGGUUCUACAAUAAAACGGGUGUCAAGAUCAUGGCCUUGUGUCCAGGAGUCACUGAAUCCGACAUGACCGAAGAAAAGAACAUGAUCGAAAGAGGUGGUUAUACGGACAUCGGAGAAGCCGGAAAAGAACUGGCGAACGCGCUGAACGCCCUGCCGAAGCAACCAGCCGACGAGUGUGGCAAACACGUGAUCCAUAUGCUACAACACGGAUGUUCAGCUGAUCUUUGGAUAUCCGAGAACUUCGAAUGCUACAGGGUUAUCUAUCCGGAGUUCCGCAAUUGGAAAGACUCCAAAAACGCCUUGAGCACCAAGUCAGACGGCUGCGCGAAACCUCCAGCAGCAAAAUGUGGACCACCCAAGAAGGCGGCUGACAAGUGUGGAGAUGCGGCCAAGAAACCUGACUGCGGCCCCAAGAAGGAGGCCAAGUGCAAAAAACCAAAGAAGUCCAAGAAGAAGAAGUGUUAAUUAUAUAUUAACUAUAUGAUUUAGGCCAAUAAAUAUACAUGUGUCGACA